AUUCUCUUUCGAAUCGUCGACGCGAACGGACGUUUAAAGUGAGAAAAGAAACCGGUAAAUCAGAGAUCCCAAGCAAGCGCGUGCGUGCAUGAUAGCGAAGAAAAAAAGCUAUCCGUUUCAGUUAACUACUUACCAAGAUUGAAUUUCGCCAUCGGGCAAAUUACUAAAAAUACAUAAGUGCAACUCGUCCACUGUGUGUUGUGUUUUUUUUUUUUUUUUUGGUUUUCGCUGUGCCUUUAUCGCAAACAAGAACUGAUAAAACUAGAAAAUAUCUUGAGAAACUUGUUUUCGCGCUUUUCUUUUGCUAAUUGCCGAUCGCGGAAGAGAAAAACAAGCAGUAGACAAAACAAGUGUGGUAAUACAAUCUGAAAAGGGCACCAUCAGCAGCCCGAGGGGUUUAUCUAUAUAGAUGUCGCAGCUUAUCAUCUCAUGCUGUCUGUGAGGUUGUUCUGUGUGCUCGUGUAGUAUCUUAAAUACAUAGAGUGUGUUCAUAUAAAGUGCGACAAAGCUCGAUUGGAAACAGCUGUCGAGUGCCCUUGAGUGGGUGGGCAAGAUCGUCAUCAUCAUCAUCGUCGUCAUUAUCAACAGAAUCAGCAUCAGCAUCUGGAGGCCCCGGUUGCUCUAAGAUCCCCAGUGUUCAUCAAUUAUGACUGCCGAGACCCUCAAGCCGUUUAUAACGCCAACGAGUGCCAACGAUGAUGGUUUUCCGGCCAAAGCGACCAGCACGGCGACCGCCCAGCGACGCACCCGCCAGCUGAUCCCCCUGGUUUUGGGGUUCAUCGGUCUGGGGCUGGUCGUUGCCAUUCUCGCACUAACGAUCUGGCAGACAACGCGUGUAUCGCAUCUGGACAAGGAGCUGAAGAGCCUGAAGCGAGUCGUCGAUAAUCUCCAGCAGCGUUUGGGCAUAAACUAUCUGGACGAGUUCGACGAGUUCCAAAAGGAGUACGAGAAUGCCCUCAUCGACUAUCCAAAAAAGGUGGAUGGCCUCACGGAUGAGGAGGACGACGACGAUGGCGAUGGUCUGGAUUCCAUUGCGGACGACGAGGACGACGACGUUAGCUAUAGCUCUGUGGAUGAUGUUGGCGCAGACUACGAGGACUACACCGAUAUGUUAAAUAAACUCAACAAUGCACAUACCGGCACCACGCCCACAUCUGAGACCACUGCUGAGGGCGAGGGCGAGACGGACAGUGCAUCCUCAGCCUCAAAUGAUGACAAUGUGUUCGAUGACUUUACCAGCUACAAUGCCCACAAAAAGAAGCAGGAGAGAAAAUCUCGCUCGAUUGCCGAUGUACGCAAUGAGGAGCAGAAUAUUCAAGGAAAUCACACAGAGCUUCAGGAAAAGUCAUCCAAUGAGGCAACUUCCAAAGAGAGCCCUGCACCACUUCACCACCGUCGCAGAAUGCAUUCCCGCCAUCGCCACCUCCUAGUCCGCAAAGGUGAAUCUCUUCUUUCAGCCAGAUCCGAGGACUCGAGGCCAGCAGCCCAUUUCCACUUGAGCAGCAGGCGGCGUCACCAAGGAAGUAUGGGCUACCAUGGAGAUAUGUACAUAGGAAAUGAUAACGAGAGAAACUCUUAUCAGGGACACUUUCAAACGCGCGAUGGCGUCUUGACGGUGACCAAUACAGGCCUAUAUUACGUAUACGCCCAGAUAUGCUACAACAACUCGCACGACCAGAACGGAUUUAUCGUCUUUCAAGGAGACACUCCAUUCCUGCAGUGCUUGAACACGGUGCCCACCAACAUGCCACAUAAGGUGCACACCUGCCACACGAGUGGUCUGAUCCACCUGGAACGAAACGAGAGGAUCCAUCUGAAGGACAUUCACAACGAUCGCAAUGCAGUUCUGCGGGAGGGAAACAACCGAAGCUACUUUGGCAUCUUCAAGGUGUAAAUUGGAGAGAUUAUCCCCGGUCAGAAGAUGGAAUACCAGUUUAAGCUUUUGUCCCCGCGACUGCUCGUGAAUGCGAUUCAUCGCCAGCGUGAAUCCAUUAGUUCGUAGUACCUAGUCUUAGUCACUCCAAACCUAAUCUCAAUCGGAAUCGUGCAUACUGCAUUAGUCAGAAGACGGAGGAAAAUCAUAUUUAUUUUGUAUAUACUCGUUCGACUCUAAAAAGUGAAUAAAAAUAUAUGUAGCUAUUACCCGCUUGUGUAAGCGUGUUUAAG